UCAUGUUACGUAUAUUAUAGAAUUUCAGUAGUGGCAGUGAAUUUCGGAACGCAGCCUAUAGCUUCUUCUGGUUUUGCAAAUGGCGGUCGAUGCAAUGUGCUAGGUUAUCGGAACUUGUCAAAUCUUAGUCGUGUCGUCAUCGCUAAAUCAUGACUUCGAUCAGUGAGGUUGAUGCAGUACCUAAAUCGAAAAAACCAUCGGACAGUGCAUUCAAACAACAAAGAUUACCAGCCUGGCAACCAAUACUUACGGCUGGUACUGUUCUACCGACAUUCUUUGUAAUAGGAGUUGCAUUUAUACCAGUUGGUAUAGGACUACUUUAUUUCUCUGAUGAAGUCAAAGAACAUAUUACAGAUUAUACCAAUUGUAAUUCUACCAAUAUUACUACUAUUGAUGGACAGCCUAGAACAUGUGCAGAUGUAAUUGCAGAGAACCCCAACAAAGAUUGCUUUUGUGAGGAAAUUAUUAAGUUACCUGUGGACUUUCGUGGAAAAGUUUACAUGUAUUAUGGCCUAACAAACUUUUACCAGAAUCAUCGUAGAUAUGUCAAGUCUCGAGAUGACAAUCAGUUAUUAGGUCAGUUGUCUCCACUUGUCUCCAGUGACUGUGAACCAUUUGCCUAUGAGGAAACAAACAAAACACCUAUUGCUCCAUGUGGAGCUAUUGCAAACUCACUUUUCAGUGAUGAGUUAACACUGCUUUCUGCAAGACAUGAUAAUAAGAAUGUACCAUUAUUAAGAACUGGUAUAGCUUGGCCAUCCGACAAGAAUAUCAAAUUCAGAAAUCCUCAGGGUAACUUGACAAUAGCAUUUAAAGAUUUUGCCAAGCCUAAAAACUGGAGUAAACAUAUCUGGGAGUUAGAUUCUGAAAAUGAAGAUAACAAUGGAUUCCAAAAUGAGGACUUAAUUGUAUGGAUGAGGACUGCUGCAUUACCUACUUUCAGAAAACUCUACCGCAGAGUUGAUCAUACUCAAAAUGGUUUUACUGAAGGUUUAGUUGCAGGAAUCUAUACCCUUAAAGUCAAAUAUUCAUUUUCAGUAUCAGCCUUCCAUGGAACAAAGUCAAUGAUUUUAAGCACAACUUCACUAUUGGGAGGAAAGAAUCCUUUUCUUGGUAUUGCUUACAUUGUUGUGGGAAGUUUAUGUUUAUUGCUAGGCAUAGCCUUAUUGAUUAUACAUAUUAAAUGUUCCAAGAGCAAACUAAUGUAAAGACGUCUACAAGAAAGUAUUCUUAGGGCACCAUAUAUGUUCUUCACCGCCGACAUGAUCAGUGUAACUCCAACUGUGGAAUACCAUUAGGAUUGUGUGGUUCCUCUACUCAAAAUACAUAUAAUUUUAAAUCAUGGAUAAUUAUUGGCUGUCAUAUAUAGUUUCAAAGUAUGUAAAGUUCUAUUAUCUAUAUUAAUAACACUACUUUUCAUUUAUUUUGUUAUAAACGAAAAUACCGACAAAAAUGGUAAAAUAACUAAACAAAUCAAAAAUUUAUUGAAAAUCUAGUUAAGUUUAAAAAGUUUUUAGCCAAGUUUCAGUAUUGUUAUACACAGAGUGCCCUAUAUUAAGAUAUUCAUAGCUGCAUCAUUCUGAGUUAAAAGUAUAACACUAAACCAGAUGAAGAAAUUUGAGGCUGUCAUAUAUAGUUUCAAAGUAUGUAAAGUUCUAUUGUCUAAUAACAUUACUUUUCAUUUAUUUGUUAUAAACGAAAAUACCGACAAAAAUGGUAAAAUAACUAAACAAAUCAAAAAUUUAUUGAAAAUCUAGUUAAGUUUAAAAAGUUUUUAGCCAAGUUUCAGUAUUGUUAUACACAGAGUGCCCUAUAUUAAGAUAUUCAUAGCUGCAUCAUUCUGAGUUAAAAGUAUAACACUAAACCAGAUGAAGGAAUUUGAGAUAUAAUUGAUAAUCUGUCCACAAUCACACAGUCAAUAAGUGAUUGAUAUAUUGUGAACAUCUUAUCGCAGCAUAUGUAUAUUAUAUAAUAUUAUAUAGCAUAUAUGAUUUAACAAAAUGAACGUCGGUAUUAACAAAUAAUUAUACAGUACUAAAACGAAAUAUUUAUAUCGAAAUAUUGAAAUCGGAGCUUUUUUUCAUUUAUUUGUGGGCAUUUUACUAUAAAAUAUACUUUCGAGUUAAGAAUAGAUACUACAAAAUAUUUUUUAAUGUAUCUAAUAUUGACGUAUUUUACAUUACGUUGGUAUAGAACCAAUUCAACUUUUUAAUUUCGGAGCUAAGAUAUAGAAGCGCAUAGAUGAAAUAUUUUAUAAGCAAUCGCGCGCGUGCACGCAAUUGAAUUCAUGUUAAACGUUUUUUUAUGAUCACAUGCAAUACAACAGUUGU